ACAGAUAUAGAGGCGUGCGGGUGGUCUGGGCUCUGCUUCCACCUCAGUGCUUGCCAGAAUGGAGGCCCACCUCAGGCACCUCAGCCUGGGCAGGGGGCCCGAGGGGGCUGGGGACAGACAAGCCCUGGCUGAGCUGCAGGAGCUGGCCCUGAGCUGGUUCAUGGAGACGCAAGCCCCCCUCAUUCUGCAGAACGGAGCCCUGCCCCCCUGGUUCCACGGAUUCAUCACCCGCAAGAAGACAGAGCAGCUGCUCAGGGACAAAGCUCUUGGCUCCUUCCUCAUCCGCCUCAGUGACCGGGCCACCGGCUACAUCUUGUCCUACAGGGGCAGUGACCGCUGCCGGCACUUUGUCAUCAACCAGCUCCGAAACCGGCGCUACCUCAUCUCAGGGGACACCCAGAGCCAUGGCACCCUGGCAGAACUCGUGCGCCAUUACCAGGAGGCGCAGUUUGAGCCCUUCGGGGAGUCCCUGUCUGCUGCCUGCCCCCGGAUGGAGGACAAUGAUCUCUAUGACGCCAUCACCCUGGGCCUGCAUCAAACUAAUCCUAGCCUGGAAUACCCACCAGAGAAGGCCAGCAGCCCCCCUGCCUCUCUGGAGGCAAGUCCCCGGAAUCUCUCCGAGGAAGAAAGCAAGGAGUUCUGUCCCUCUCUCCAGGCCCCUGUCAAGGCGCCCCCUCUCCCAGAGAGAAGAGCGUCCCUUCUGAGCAACUCUUUUGGAGGCUCCACUGACACCAUCUACGCAGACCUGAGGAAGAUGAACCAGGCACGGCUAGGCCUGGGCACAGACGUACCUGGCUGGCAAGGGCCAGUUCCAAGUGGCAGCCAGGCCUGCUCUCCAGGCAAGGAGGCCCCAAGGAGACUGUCAGACGGAAGCCAGAAUAAGCCCGAUGGCCCAGGACCUGCCCUCUCUGGGGUGAGCCCAGACCAGGGUCCUAGGGUGUCUCCCACUUCUUGGGGCCUCCUCCUGCCCUCCAGUUCUGAGGCCUCGGGAUCCUCAGGGGCUACCUGGAGCCACGGGUCUCCAAAUCUGAGCCGUGGGGCCCAGCCCUGCUCCGAGAGCAGUUGUGCAGACACUUAUGAGUCCAUCUGGACAGAAGACCUCCCAGAGGAUGCCAGGGAUGUGCCAUGUCAAGAAGGCGGCAGUGCCUAUGAGCAGAUUGCAGUCUGCUGUGGGGGCCCGGCCAGGACCCCCUAUCCUGGGAUGAGCCCUACAUACAGCAAGCUUUCAGGGUUCACGGACUGUGGUUAUGAAAGGAUCUCGGGGGUCCCGGAGCUCCCAGAACCCAGACACACCUAUGAACAAAUCCCAGGAGCAAGCAGCCAGGAGCAAGGAGGCUGGACGGACACACAGAUCCAAGCAGCCAGGAGCAAGGAGGCCGGACGGACACACAAGCCUGACAAGCUCCGGAGGCUCUUCUUCACAGACAAGAAGCACAAACCCUGAGGAGGCCUGGUUUCCGGCGGCCCACCAGCGGGUUUCCCGGGCCUGGGGCCACGCCAGGGGUUAUUGGGAAGAUCUCAGCUUGCUUGAAAGCACCCCUUGGAUCCUCAAACCCAACCAGCCUGCUCUGGAACCAGGCUCUGAGGCAGCCUCGGUGCCCACCAGCGACAGGGUGGGAGGGGACCUUCCAGUCACCAGCCGCUCAGGACUGAGUCCCACUCCCUACCCCAGGGUCUCCCACCCAUCAAGAGGAAGAUAAGGCCUGAGAGGAGGGGGGACCGGCCAAAGGCAGGGGUGAGCACCCCCACCGUCCAAGAUGAGCAGGCUGGGGUGGGGGGGUCCUGGACGAUUGAUGGAGCUGGCCUCCCACCACUGAACACUUACUGAGCACGGGGCAGGCCCUGUGGCACGGCUGGCGUUUUCUUAACUGAGUGAUGUCGUCCAGUUGCUCCGGAGACCAAAACCAGUCCCCCUCACUGUGGCCCUAUCAAAUGGGGGUGGGGGUACCACUAACCCAGGGGUGGGGGGUGGGGGUGGGGGUGAGAAGUAGCAGCAAAGUGCCAGCCUCAGAGGGGAUGGUUCUGCCCCUGAGGCAGCUGGGCUCCUGGGGGCCAUGCCCUCUGCCUCUCUCCGCCCCCACCUUCAUGCGGGCCUCAUAAUGCAAGCUGGGCAGACCCUGGUCUGACCCUUUUGCUGCAGAUGAGUGGGUGGGGUGGGGGGCGGGGAACAGAGACCCAGAGACAGCAGCAACCUGCCUGAGGCUGCACAGUCAGCCAGCCUGGGCACCGCUGGGUGGUUUCUGGAGUCAGCCAGUGGGUGCUUGCUGGCCUCCCUAUAUGACCAGGUCACCCUCAUCUGUGCUCUGCCUCUAGCCAGUGGUGAUCUUUAGGGGUGGCUCUCAGACCCCUCCUAACGCAGGCCGAAACCUGGCCAGCUGCCUGGGCUCAGCCUGGGCGCUGCUGGGCGGUUUCUGGAGCCAGCCAGUGGGAAUCUGCUGGCCAUCCCUAUGUGACUGGUCACCAUGGACCUAGACCCAUGCCUGAUACAAACGUUCACUGGAAUGACUCUUAUAUGAGGGAUGUGAAGACGAUUUUCAUCCAACAUCAGCUCUUGGUGGGGCUCCUUAGGAUCUGGGGCACAGGUAUGUCUCCUCUCAAGGACACAAGCACUGAAAUAAAGUUGGUGCCAAAAGUGGGAAGGCAGUGCUUAACCUCAAGAGGUGAGGUGCUCGUGGGGAGAUUUCAAGGAGUAAAGGGAUCAACCUUU